AUGAUUGAAAUACAAGCUAAUGAUAGAUUAGGUAAAAAAAUCAAAUUGAAAUGUCUUGAAACUGAUACAAUUGGAGAUGUUAAAAAAAUACUUGGAUUACAAAUUGGUACUCCGCUGGAAAAGAUUAUUUUAAAGAAAGGGUACCAAGUUUAUAAAGAUCAUAUUACUUUAGAUGAUUAUGAAAUACAUGAUGGGUUCAAUUUUGAAUUAUAUUAUGGUUAA